GAGUAUAUUUAUAUUAUUCAUAUAUUAUAUAUAUACGGGCUUCACGGUGAAAGAGGGGUUAGUGCGGCUGCCUCACAAUACGAAGGCCCUGCAGUCCAGGGUUCAAUCCCAGGCUUGGGAUCUUUCUGUGUGGAGUUUGCAUGUUUUCCCCGUGACUGCGUGGGUUCCUUCCGGGUACUCCGGCUUCCUCCCACUUCCAUGUCUUUGCAUGCAAAGACAUUUACCUGGGGAUAGGUUGAUUGGCAACACUAAAUUGGCCCUAGUGUGUGAAUGUGAGUGUGAAUGUUGUCUAUCUAUGUUGGCCCUGCGAUGAGGUGGCGACUUGUCCAGGGUGUAAGCGCCUUCCGCCCGAUUGUAACUGAGAUAGGCGCCAGCGCCCCCCGUGACCCCAAAAGGGAAUAAGCGGUAAAAGAUGGAUGGAUAUAUUAUAUAUAUUAUAUUAUUUAUUAUUAUCAUUGUUUAUUGUGAGCGAACUGUGGUGCUGAAUUUCCCCCAGGGAUCAAUAAAGUACAUUCUAUUCUAGAUUUACAGCUAGAUUCACCAAGUCAAGUAUUUCAUAUAUAUAUAUAUAUAUAUAUAUAUAUAUAUAUAUAUAUAUUUCGGGAGAUUUUUCGGGAGAAAAUUUGUCCCGGGAGGUUUUCGGGAGAGGCGCUGAAUUUCGUGAGUCUCCCGGAAAAUCCGGGAGGGUUGGCAAGUAUGCUUGUAAAGGGCUUUUCUACCUUCAAGGUACUCAAAGCGCUUUGACACUGUUUCCACAUUUACACACUGAUGGUGGGAGCUGCCGUGCAAGGCACUAACCACGACCCAUCAGGAGCAAGGGUAAAGUGUCUUGCUCAAGGACACAACGGACGUGGCUAGGUUGGUAGAAGCUGGGGAUCAAACCAGGAACCCUCAGGUUGCUGGCACGGCCGCUCUUCCAACUGUGCGAUGGAUGGAUGGAUGGCGUGACAGGUGGCUAUGGUGCUGCAACAUUGUCCAUGAAAAGAGACCCUCUCAACAUGAAACAGUUGGGCAAUGAGUUCCCGCUCACCCUGGGUAGAGAUGUGUCUGGGGUCAUCAUGGAAUGCGGCCUGGCUGUAAAGUACUUCAGAGAAUAUGACGAGGUGUGGGCUGCCAUCCCACCAUGGAAGCAGGGCAGCUUGGCUGAGUUUGUGGUCCUGAGCGCCAAUGAGGUGUCCCUCAAACCAAGGUCACUGAGCCACACAGAGGCCGCAGCCAUCCCGUACGUGGCGACCACAGCCUGGUCGGCGCUCGUUAACACAGGAGGACUCACUAAAGACAAUUGUGCCAACAAGCGUAUUUUGAUCCUCGGUGGGUCCGGGGGAGUUGGAACGUUUGCCAUCCAGAUGCUGAAAGCGUGGGGAGCCCAUGUGACAGUCACUUGCUCCCACAAUGCCGAGCACUUAGUCAGGCAACUUGGAGCGGACCAUGUGGUGAACUACACAACCGGACCUGUUGAGGUGCCGCUUGCUGCCUUGGACAAGUUCGACCUGAUCCUGGAUAAUAUUGGGGGCGAUACAGAACGCUGGGCGCUGAAUCUGCUCAAACCUUGGAGUGGUGCUAAGUACGUCGCCCUAGUUACACCUUUCCUCCAGAACACUGACACUCUGGGGCUGGCUGAUGGAAUGCUGAAGACCGCUGCCACUGUGACCAGCAAGGCUCUUAAGCACCUUGUUAAGGGGGUCCACUACCGCUGGGGGUUCUUUGCACCAAGUGGUCCAGCAUUGGAUGAAAUACGGGAAAUGGUGGAUGCAGGACAGAUACAUGCAGUAGUAGAAGAGACUUUCAGCUUCGCUCAGGUUCCCCAGGCCUUUGAGAAAGUGGAGAAGGGCCACGCCAGAGGAAAGACUGUAGUCCAGAUUAAUACUAGGACCAACGAUGCAUAGCACACUGCCAAAGACUAAAUGUACUGAUGAAUGUGUGUGUAAAGACUAUUUCAACAUGAUAUAUGCUUGAAUACUAAAUAAAAAAUAAAUAAAAAUGUUUGUCUGACAAGAUUGUUAAACAUUAGCAUUAGGUGUUCCGAUCCGAUGUUGACGAGCAAAGAAACAGGCAUUGGAUGAUAUCGGCUUGUAUCUAAACUCUGAUACAAAGCAGUCCUGCAGUGUGUUUACUUGUGCCAAUCCUGAAAGCCAGUUAAUAUCUAAAUGUCCUUCAAUAAACACACAAGGUUGGUCUUUUCUUGAA